AUGAUCUAUCCAACGCCCUCUGGAUCAGAAAAGACAAAGGAUUCAAAGAAGGCAAAAGGAAAAGACUUCAAGAAAUCGCUCUCCGCAGACUUCUAUCCACAGGCUAUAAAUAAGUUGUAUGAACACAAUGCAGAUUAUGCGAACAUGCUCAUGUUAUGCCCGAUUGCAUGUCAAUCAGGUAUGCCCUCGAUUCUGCGUUUCUUUGGCAUAGACCAAUCAUAUGCUUCGCUAGAGUUUUUCUUUAUCUUCAAUGGCAAACCACUGAGUAUUAUGCUUCGUUAUACCUUGAUGAUGCAGAGUAUUGGCAUCACCUGGUCGCCAACGUCACUCUCGGGCGAAUUCGCGGGCGUGGCUACAGGCGAGGGGGGCGUGGCCGGCUUCGAGAACGGCACCCUGCUGGUGAGUCGCGCCGAACGCCGCCACGAGGGCCGCUACCUGUGCGAGGCCAACAACGAGGUCGGCGCCGGACUCUCUAAGGUCGUUACCCUCAGCGUCAACGAACCGCCGUGGUUCGCCGUCAGGAGCCAGCGCCAACAGGUGGUCGUGGGUGCUACGGCGACGCUCACCUGCGAAGCCCAUGGCGACAUCCCACUCAAGCUAGUGUGGACGAGGGACGGCGCACCCCUGCCCGCGCUGCCAAGGUAUGAGUUGUCAGAGCGGGAGGUUGAUACAGGUCAGGUCACCGAGCUGGUGUUGAGGUCAACUCACGUAGGAGAUUCCGGAACAUACGUUUGUACUGCUACGAACACACAUGGGUCUCUCACUGCCGACUUCCAUCUCCUCGUGCAAGACCAAAGGCGUAUCUCCAUUGAUUCAUUAAAAUUAUUUGUAUACUCGAGUAAUUACCCCAACGAAAAUAGGUCGCAAUUAGAUGUCCCAGGGCCCCCGUCAGGAGUGGGCGUGGAGGAGGAAGGAUCUCGUCACCUGACCCUCACCUGGACGCCCCCUGAGGACUCCAAUGCACCCAUAUCCGCCUACAUCGUCACCUUCACGUCCCACGAUAGCCAGCCCUCGCAAGAGGGCUUGUUCGGUGCCCCCCGCGAAGUGACCGUAGAGGGCGACCAGAGACGCGUCCGAAUCGAAGGUCUCCUGCCCGCUACGAUGUACGUGUUCACGGUUGUGGCGGAGAACCGAGUUGGACGGAGCCAGCAGUCUUCGCCACUCAGGGUCAAGACGCAGGAAGAGGCUCCGUCAGGUCACCCGCAGAAUGUCAGGGUGGUACCAGUGUCAUCGACGGCGCUGCAGGUUAGCUGGGAACCGCCUCAUGAGAACCUUACCCAUGGCACUGUGCUUGGCUACUACUUGGGCUACAAGGAUGACAGUGAGUCCGAAGGCGGAGCAUACAAUUUCACCACUGUGGGCGUAGACAGCGUGGGCGUAACCACAGCCACGUUAGCGGGUCUUCGUCCUCACGCCCGCUAUUCCGUCGUGCUCCAGGCCUUCAACUCUCGGGGUGCGGGCCCGGCCUCGCCCCCCGCACUGGGCACCACGCUCGAGGACAAACCUGGAGCACCACCCGGUCACGUGACCUGUGAAACAGUGACGUCAUCAAGCGUGGUGGUGACGUGGUCGCCUCCUCCGCCUCGCCAAGCCAACGGCAUAAUCACUAACUACAGGGUCACUUACACGCAGAUGUUUUCCCAUGAAGAUGGUCGGUCCGGCAGUGUAGUUUCGGAGGGCCUGCGAGCCACACUGACUGGUCUAAAACCCUGGACCAACUACAGCGUCAGUGUAGCUGCGUCUACGAGGGCGGGCGAGGGCGUGCCGUCCCUUCCCCUCGUCUGCACGACAGAGCAGGAUGUGCCUGAGGCUCCAGCCCGCGUGAAAGCCGUGGUGUCGGGCCCUCGCGCCGCCGUGGUGUCUUGGGCGCCGCCCUUACGCCCGCGAGGCCGCAUCACACGCUACACCGUGCACUGGGCGUCGGCAGGGAGUCGGAGCAUGCCCCACACCCGCCGCGUCGGGCCCCACGGCACUCACUUGACCUUGCAUGACCUUCCUCAUACUACACAUGAGGUAUGGGUCACAGCCUCGACAAGGAUGGGGGAAGGACCAAAGAGCAGUGUCACGGUAGUUACUCCUUCUCAUACAGUGGGCGCGGGCAUAUGGGCGGUGGGCGGGAACCUGACGGCGGCGUGGAAGGAGGACGUGAGCUUGCCCUGCGGAGCCGUGGGCGUCCCUGAGCCCGUGCUUACCUGGAGCCACGAGACACUCCACAUUCCCGACUCGCACUCCAGCAGGUUCACGGUCCAGCCCGACGGCACGCUGACCCUCACCGACAUCCAGCGGAGUGACAGCGGCCAGUACACGUGCACCGCCUCCAACCACCACGGCGUCGACUCCGUUACGUAUAACCUCACCGUCCUUGUGCCUCCUUCAGCGCCUUCCCUCCACGUGACCGAGACAACGGCCUCCUCCAUCCGGGUUCAGUGGAGUGUGGAGGACACGGGCGGCGCUUCCCUCCAGGGCGCCACCCUGCACUACAGAUCCGCCGGUGGAGAGUGGAUGACGGCGGAAGUGGAAGGGUCCCACCGCGCCUACACCGCCAAGGGCCUCCGCUGUGGCACCCUCCACCACUUCUAUCUCACGGCACAUAAUCAUAUUGGCACCAGCACAGCCUCGUCGACCGUGGAAGCCCGCACGAAGGGCCGACCCCCAGAGGCUCCCCCCCAGUUCCAGUUCGUGACGAGCAACAGUUCCCAAGCCACGCUGUACUUGGCCCAGUGGAGCGACGGAGGCUGCCCCAUCUCACAUUACUCCGUGCAGUACCGUCUGGCUGGCAUGGCCCACUGGACCACGGUGGGCAGCGAGAUUCCCCCGAGCCGGACGUACGCGGUGGGCGGACUGGACGCGGGCGAGCGGUACGAGCUGCGAGUCACCGCCUUCAACUCCGCGGGCGCCGCCCCCGCCCACUACAAGGUCAUCACGCCCGGUCGCGGAGGCACAGGCAUGGGCGUGAGCGCAGGGGGAGGCGUGUGGGGGGGAUCCGCCCCCACCUCCCCCGUGUGGCGCGACCCCCGAGUGCUGGUCCCCGCCGCCGUGUCCGCCCUGGCGCUGCUGCUCACCGUCACCACCGUCUGCGUCUGCCUCAGGAGACGUCCUACCAAUACCCCGCGCCAGAAGGAGGUUCCUGAAGGCGUCACUUCGUCAGGAGAGGAGAAGACGGCCAUGCAGGCGAGGGAGGACGUGUACACCACCGUCAGGAGGCCGCCCCCCGCCCCCCCGCAGUCCACGCCUGAACUCAGAGACCAUAACGGCGAGUACAGUGAGGAAGACAUCUACCCGUACGCCACAGCCACGUUCCAGCUGGGCGGAGGCAGUCCCCCGCCGCCCGCGCCGCCCUCGCCGCCCACGCACUCGCGCCCGCACUCCCGGGGACAGAACGGCUUCACGGCCCUGGUCUACCAAGCGCCGUCGCUGCAUGACGUGGACUCGCCCAACUUAGUAAGUCGGUCGUUGACGCCCCUGUCCCUCUCCUUUGCAGAGAAAAGAGUACGGGUGGGCGCCCACGCCAUUAAGCGGGUGGCCACGGCGCUCAUCACGGAGUCGCUCGGGGCUGAGCCCUCGGCGGAGUCCGGUCCCCCCGAGGGACGCAGCCACGAGGCCUCGGAGCGUGCCAGCCCCGGGGACAGCCAGGUAUUCACUGCCGACCAUCCGAGCGGAGAGCGUGCUGGGGAAAGCUCUUACUCAGCCUCCAUGGCGGGAAAUCUCUCUCGAAGAUCACCGGAGUGGCCAGGGCUCAAUCGCCGUCUCUGA